AGUUAAAUAUAAAAUAAAUAUACAAGAUAUUGCAUUAAGUUGUUUUAUAAUUAUUAGAAAAUAUGGCUAUGUUAGCUGAACCUCGACAGCGAAAGCAUUAUAAUUUAACACCGCGAGGCAAGGCGUUAUACGAAGAUGAUACGCGUUUCGGUACAAAAAUGUUAGAGAAAAUGGGCUGGUCCAAGGGAAAGGGUCUUGGUGCUAAUGAGGAUGGUAGCCAGGAUUUUGUACGUGUGCGUAUGCGAAAUACCAACGAAGGUUUGGGAUUUGAAGAUCGUGAUGACCAUUGGACGCAACAUGAACAAGAUUUUAAUGGACUACUGAAGACAUUAAAUGGCGAUGAUGAGAAAAGUGGGAAAGCUAUUGAAGAUAAGGAAAGUACUUCUGACGAGGACACUCCAAGAGUGGGAUUUGGAUUUGCACCUGAACCGAAAAAACAGAAAUUAGAAAAGUUGAAGGAUAAAAUAAGUGGCAUAUCGUUGGAACAAAAGUCAAAGCUAAGUAAAGCACGCGUGCAUUACAAGAAGUUCACGAAAGGAAAAGAUAUAGCACAAUAUAGUGAAAAAGAUCUUGCAAAUAUAUUUGGCAAAAAAGCUGUGGAAACUGAACAAGCUGAUGGUGUUUAUGCGCAGCUAACAGCUGUAAUGCCUAAAGUGAAGGCAAAUUUUGGUGGCGUACAAACAAUUAGCACAGGACUGUCAGUAAGUGAUUAUUUUAAACAAAAAAUGGAAGCAUUGAAAAAUAAGCAACAGCAGAACAAUAAUAAUAAUUACAACACAGAAAAUAAAAAGAAAUAUAAAAAGAGGAAGCGUGAAAUAGAAUCAGUUGAGGCUGGAGGUCAAACCACAGAACUAAUUUCACUUAAAGAAGUUGAAGACAAUACAGUGUUAGAAGUUCAGGAGAAAAAAGAAAAACAUAAGAAGAAUAAGAGAAGUACUGAAGAGAUCCCUACGGAGACAAUUGAGAACCUGGCGAUUUUCAAAAAUGAUGAAAAGAAGAAUACUGACAGCGCUAUUAAAAUUGUAGAUUUGACGGACGAAGCAGACAAAGAGGAUGUGCAAGUUCCCAAAAACAAAAAGAAGAAGAAGAAGUGCAAAGAAAAUGAAAUAGAGCAGCACACAAACCAAAACGAUGUUAUAGAUGAAAAUAAGGAAGUAAAUUUUUUGGCAACGGAGAUGCCUAAAAAGAAAAAGAAAUCAAAGAAAAGUAAAAGUGAGCAAUCAAGAAGAGAAGACGACGAUGUGAUAAUUGUAGGCUAUGAAGCUCCAACAUCAUCUGAGAUACCUGAGCACACCUCGAAGUCGGAAAACGCGACUGAACUAGGAACAGACGGUCAUAUCAAAGUAAAGAAAAAUAAAAAGUCAAAAAAGCAUGAAAACUCGGAGGAAAAUAUUGAGGAGGCCAGUACAACUGAAAUUUCGCCAGACAGUAAAAGGUCAAAGAAGCAGAAAAAAACGGUUGAAGUGUUGCAAGCAAGUGAAACCGCUGAGAAAACAACCAAAAAAUCGAAGAAAUCCAAAAAAGAUGUAAGUGAAGAUAACCAAACGUUGACACUUGAUGAAUUGAUAGCCAAAUGUAAUUCUUACAAUAUCUACAAUAUUUCCUCAUUUGUAGCAGAAAAAUUCCGCAAUGUUGAUUUAGAGCAGUUCAAAGGAUCAACAAUAACACAUAUACCAGGCUAUACGCAUACGGCAGAUCUACAAUUGAACGUGGUGAAUGAACCCCAUGAUGAAGAGCGUAUCACGAGAUUAUGGAAUUGUAGCGAAGACAAAUACGUUCAAAUCAACCCCAAAGCUAUCUUCGGCAAAUACAGACAAAAUGUUUUAAACGCCUAUAAAACCAUACAGCAUACAAAGAAUAGAGAAAAGAAACCGUUGCCUCUAUUUAAUAUUAAGUCGCUUAAGAGAAAAAGUGUUUUCCAGCCAAUAUGAAAUAAUCACAAUAAAACAAAACUAUUUACUAAAUUUAAAGGUAAA